GAGAUCACAAAAGAGGUUGUGAUGGAGAAUAAGGAAGAGUGUAAUGUUGGUGACUUGACACCCAAGAAAGAAAAUGAAUCAAGGAAUACUAGAAGGGCUGCUACAGAGGAGAAGAACCGGUCUUCUUGCUUUAAUUUGGAGCCUGAAGUUCCGGCAAAAUCAAGUCCUAAUAGCAAAUCCUUUCACGGAAAACCUUCAGUCAAUAAGCGAGAAGAGAAGAAUGCAAGAAAGCCAAAUGCAGGAUCCGCUAUGAAGAAGCAAAAGAAUUUUGGCUUGCAAGGAGGAAAGUUGCAGAGCAGACUUGAUAGUCCUGUUGAUGCAGGUCUAAACAAUCCUGACCUUGGGCGAUUUUUACUUAAACAGGCAAAAGACAUGAUUUCUUCUGGUGAAAACCUGAAGAAGGCACUUGAAUUGGCUCAACGAGCAACAAAAUCCUUGGAGAUAUGUGCAAAUGGGAAACCCAGUUUAGAGCUGGUUAUGUCUUUGCAUAUUCUGGCAGCCAUACACUGCAGCUUAGGCCAACACACCGAGGCAAUUCCGGUUCUUGAACGAUCAAUUGACAUUCCGGUAAUUGAAGAUGGCCAAAAUCAUGCACUGGCCAAGUUUGCUGGCUGUAUGCAAUUAGGUGACACCUAUGGUGUUCUCGGUCAGACUGAGAACUCUAUACUGUGUUACACAGCAGGUUUGGAAAUCCAAAGGCAAGUCCUCGGAGAAACUGAUCAUCGAGUCGCUGAGACUUGUCAAUAUAUAGCGGAGGUUCACGUUCAAGCAUUGCAAUUUGAUGAGGCAGAGAGACUUUGCCAGAUGGCUCUUGACAUCCAUAGAGGGAAGGGUUCACCUGCUUCUGCGGAAGAAGCAACAGACAGGAGACUCAUGGGACUUAUUUGUGACUCAAAAGGGGACCAUGACGCUGCUCUCGAGCAUUAUGUUUUAGCAAGCAUGGCAAUGGCUGCCCACGGACAAGAAGUAGAUGUUGCUUCAAUUGACUGCAGCAUUGGAGAUUCAUACUUGUCAUUGACUCGGUUUGAUGAGGCAAUCUUCGCAUAUCAGAAAGCCUUGACGGUAUUCAAGUCAGCCAAAGGAGAAAACCACCCAGCAGUUGCUUCAGUCUUUGUUCGCUUGGCUGAUUUAUACAACAAAAUAGGGAAAUUAAGAGAUUCCAAGUCCUACUGUGAAAAUGCACUCCGUAUUUAUCAAAAACCUAAUCCUGGCAUUCCUGCAGAAGAGAUUGCCAGUGGCCUAAUUGACAUUUCUGCCAUUUUUCAGUCCAUGAAUGAACUGGAUCAUGCACUGAAGUUCCUCAAGAAGGCUUUAAAGGUAUAUCAAGAUGCUCCAGGACAACAAAGCACAGUUGCAGGCAUAGAGGCACAGAUGGGAGUAAUGUAUUACAUGAUUGGGAACUUCAAUGAGUGUUAUAACACCUUAAAGAGUGCUGUUUCUAAGUUCCGAGCCUGCGGAGAGAAAAAAUCUGCACUCUUUGGGAUUGCUUUGAACCAAAUGGGACUUGCAUGUGUUCAGAGAUAUGCCAUAAAUGAAGCAGCUGAUCUGUUUGAAGAGGCAAGGAAUAUAUUGGAGAAGGAAUAUGGACCAUAUCAUCCUGACACCUUAGGAGUGUACAGCAAUCUAGCUGGCACAUAUGAUGCAAUGGGAAGGUUAGAUGAUGCAAUUGAAAUUCUAGAAUAUAUGGUUGGGAUGAGAGAGGAGAAGCUUGGAACUGCUAAUCCUGAUGUGGAUGAUGAGAAAAGAAGGCUUGCUGAGCUGUUGAAAGAAGCAGGCAGAACCCGAAACAGAAAAUCUAGAUCACUUGUAACCCUCUUAGACACCAACACUUAUACUAUAAAAGAUGGUGAGAUUCAAGUAUCAUAAAAUAGAAGCACACAUGUAAAGAAAAAGUGUUAAAAAACUUAUUUGUUAGAGAAAUUUUCUGGAAGUUAUAAUAACAAGAGCGAGGAUGUACUUGUUUUCGGAGGUUAAGUUGAAUGUAUAAUCAAAUCAUUUGUUUAUUGAA